GCCUUUUCAGACCCCUCCAGGGUCCUGUUCCAACUCAGGGGCUUCAGAACUCCUCCACUGUCCGGUGAGCCGCCCUUCUUCCGCCUCACGCACACCCUAACUAAGCAGGACCAGCAGAAGAAUACACAACACAGGGACCCCUUUUAUUCUGAGCUCUGGCGCUUCCGCCUCCGGGGCGGAGACUCCUCCCCCUCACCGUCCCAAUUGUAUUCCCUGGAAGAGCAGCCGGAAAAGCCUCCUCCUGCUCAGACCGGGAUAAACGAGACGCUGGUUCCUUCUCGCAACCAGCUCUCUGAGCCCUGGGAACCGCCGUGGCGGUCGGCACUGCAGCACCAAAGGCUGCGAGCACAACCUGGGCUCAGCUCCAGCUGGGCGCGGGCGGUGCGGGAGCGGCUUCAGCACCACGGACAGCACCCCGCCCGCGGCCCUCCGGCCUGCGGCGCGCUUCGGCAGCUUUAGGCGAGCCGGCGAGCUAUGCCAGAGGCAUGGCCUGGCGCUCGGGCCCCAUGGCGCUGCUCCUCAGCUUUGGCCUCCUCGGGCUGUGCUCAGGAGUCUGUGGUACAGACACAGAGGAGCGGCUGGUGGAGCAUCUCCUGGAUCCUUCCCGCUACAAUAAGCUUAUCCGCCCAGCCACCAAUGGCUCUGAGCUGGUGACGGUACAGCUCAUGGUAUCACUGGCCCAGCUCAUCAGUGUGCAUGAGCGGGAGCAGAUCAUGACCACCAAUGUCUGGCUGACCCAGGAGUGGGAGGAUUAUCGCCUCACCUGGAAGCCUGAGGAAUUUGACAACAUGAAGAAAGUUCGGCUCCCUUCCAAACACAUCUGGCUCCCAGAUGUGGUCCUAUACAACAAUGCUGACGGCAUGUACGAGGUGUCCUUCUAUUCCAAUGCCGUGGUCUCCUAUGAUGGCAGCAUCUUCUGGCUGCCGCCUGCCAUCUACAAGAGCGCAUGCAAGAUCGAAGUAAAGCACUUCCCGUUUGACCAGCAGAACUGCACCAUGAAGUUCCGCUCGUGGACCUACGACCGCACCGAGAUCGACCUGGUGCUCAAGAGUGACGUGGCCAGCCUGGACGACUUCACGCCCAGUGGCGAGUGGGACAUCGUCGCGCUGCCGGGCCGGCGCAACGAGAACCCGGACGACUCCACUUAUGUGGACAUCACGUACGACUUCAUCAUCCGCCGCAAGCCACUCUUCUACACCAUCAAUCUCAUCAUCCCCUGCGUGCUUAUCACCUCACUAGCCAUCCUCGUCUUCUACCUGCCCUCCGACUGCGGCGAGAAGAUGACGCUGUGCAUCUCCGUGCUGCUGGCGCUCACCGUCUUCCUGCUGCUCAUCUCCAAGAUCGUGCCGCCCACCUCCCUCGACGUGCCGCUUGUAGGCAAGUACCUCAUGUUCACCAUGGUGCUUGUCACCUUCUCCAUCGUCACCAGCGUGUGCGUGCUCAACGUGCACCACCGCUCACCCACCACGCACACCAUGGCUCCCUGGGUCAAGGUCAUCUUCCUGGAGAAGCUGCCCAAGCUGCUCUUCAUGCAGCAGCCGCGCCGCCACCGCUGCGCCCGCCAACGCCUGCGCCUGCGGCGGCGCCAGCGCGGGCGCGAGGGAACCGGCGCCGUCUUCUACCGCGAAGCCCUGGGGGCAGACUCCUGCACGUGCUUCGUCAAUCGCGCGUCUGUGCAGGGCUUGGCUGGGGCCUUCGGUUCGGAGCCGGCGCCGGCAGCCGGCCCCGGGCGCUCCGGGGGGCCGUGUGGCUGCGGCCUCCGGGAGGCGGUGGACGGCGUGCGCUUCAUCGCGGACCACAUGCGGAGUGAGGACGACGACCAGAGCGUGAGUGAGGACUGGAAGUAUGUCGCCAUGGUGAUCGACCGUCUGUUCCUUUGGAUCUUUGUCUUCGUCUGUGUCUUUGGCACCAUCGGCAUGUUCCUGCAGCCUCUCUUCCAGAACUACACCACUGCCACCUUCCUCCACGCAGACCACUCAGCUCCCAGCUCCAAGUGAGGCCCUCCCCAGCUCCAUGCUCCUUCACCCCUCUGUUGAACAGUAGUUUUGGGUCGAGGAGGGAUGAGUGAGCUACCAGAAAGAGGGGCGCUGCCCCCACAGACCCAUCUUUUCACUUCACCUGGAGCCCGCCCCCCCGCCAGCGCCAACCUGGAGCCUGGACCAGCUGCGUCGUGUUCUGGCUGCUCUCCUCCUCUUGUACCAACCCAGGCAAUAGUGCUGCUGGUUGAGCAUGAAGGCUGAGAAGUGGAGGAUGGGGUGGUUGGAGCCUUCCACCCUGAGGAAAGUGUGACGGGGAAGGGGCCAAGAAGGGGACAGAAUCAACAGCUGCCUCCAAGUCAUGGAAAAAGGGAGGCGCAUGGGGGCAAGACAGGGGCUCCGACUCUGUGCUGGGCUGGCCUGACACAAUGGCAGAUCAGAAGGGAGGAGCAAGGGGAGAGAGGCCUGGGUGCGACCUGAUGUCUGUCCCUGCUUAACUGCACAGCAGCUAGCUGGGUGGGCCUCACGGCAGCCAGGGGUUCCUGCCCAGAGGUUAGCCUGGAGCUGAGGUUGGAGUCCUGAGCGAGGCUUCCAGCCCAGUCCCACAGCCCCUUGCUUCCAAGGGCCCCAGAGUUCAGCCCCAGGUCCCCUUCUCCCAGUGAAGAUUCUUCCUAGACUUCCUUUCUUGCUCAGGCCAGGGUGUGGGGGGCAAGGCUGGGUGUUAGGGGAGCCCCGGAGUUCUGAAUCUUUGGGUGACCUGCUUGGAGCUUAAGGGCCAAAUUCUUGAACUGUGCGAGUUCAAGUUCACAGGAUGUUCCUCGCCGCAAUUUGAACCGACUGGUCAGGGGAACGAGUAAACUAAGGACAUUAGCUGUAAGCAGACCCAGCCCUCUCGCCCGCAGCAGAGCAGGCCGGGCAGGAGAGGGCUGCCUGUGGAGGCCAGCCCAGCAGGGUGUGAGUGCCCAGAACUCUGCCACGUCAGCAUGGCUCCUGCCCCCCUACUUCUGUUCCUGGCUCCAUCCUUCCUGCUCUGGCUCCUCCUCUUGCCCCGCCCAAGCAAACCUGAGCAGGGUUGAAGCAGAGCUUCGGACGACAGGUCUGCUACUGCCGGUCUGCACAGCGGACUGUACACAGAGCCCAGCUUUCGGCUUCCUGUCCUGUGGGUCCCUGGAGGGUGUAUCCCGACGCUGCUCCCAGGGGCCAGCUGGAGGCCACCUUGCCUGUUAGCCCAGGAAACAGACCUCUUCAGGGAUCACCUGCCUUGGUCCCCGCCAUGUGACUGGCUCUGAUCUGUGGUCCCAGCCUGGGCUCAGUGCUGGGCCAGCGGGGUCACAGAGGGGUCCGUCUGCCAAGCGCACCUGAGGGGCCUGCCCGCCACACCGUGCUAUUCUCUGGAGCCUGGCUGGACGCCUGCUUCUGCAGGCACCUCGGAGGUGGGGAGACAGCACAGGCACAGAGCGCUGGACAGGGAGCAGAGUCUGAAUUCCGGUCCCCGCUCUGCCACUUACUCUCAGCCAUCCUGAGCAAUUCUGGCUAGGCCUCAGCUUCCUCAUCUAUAAAUCGGGGAUAGUAAGGCCCUCUUCGUGGGGUUGUUGUGAGGCAGGAGUGAUGUUUGUGAAAAAGCCCAGGGCUGUACCUGGCGUAGAGUAGAUGCUUCGUGAAUGUCAAGUCAGACGUGGUCAGAGUUGACGGGUAUGGGCUUACCUGCCUUGUCAUGUCACUUUUCCUUCCAGACCCACCCAUACCCUGGAGCAGAUAGCCCCCGGAAACAGGGAUGGGGUCUGGGGGAGCUGGAGCCGGAGAGGAGCAACACAGGGAAUGUUGGGGUGAGCCUAACAGGUAGGCUGCCCUCUGGAGCCUCUUCAGCAAAGGUUCGUUCCGUUCCCGGGCUAGGCUCAGGCUCCGGCCUCCCUUCUGGAUCGGCUCCUCCUGACACAGGUGUGUGCCCAGGCCCCCGGGUGAUCUAGUCCCGUACUGGCUGUGGAGGAACGCCACUGGGACACGAAGCCAGCAGCUGUGAGAGAUGUGCUUCAGCGCAUUUCCCCACCUGCCGGAAUGGGCUGGCAGACAUCUCUUCUGGGGGUGAGUGUCUCGGCACCAUGGAGACUCCCUUCUUCUAGAACAGCAAAUGGAGAGUUGCCUCUAUUAUGGCUGGACCCACCUCGGACUCACAGCCCUGAGGAAACAUCCCGGAACCCGAAACAGCUAAUGAAAAGGAACCCUCCCUCUGAAGGGUAGGUGCUGGCCUGAGGCCCUCCUGCCCAGCUCUCCCGGGUUCCUUGCCAGGGUCUAGGCUGCUAGGGAGGCCCCAUCAGCUGUUGCUGUGGCUGGACUUGCUUUCAGUACUUCCUGCAAUUAGCUGUCGUCCGAGUAAGUCACCAGACAGUGCCAGAGGGGCUGCUGGAGAGCAGCUUGUCCAACUCCUCGCCAUGGCCCCCCCGACACACAGGGAAGUGGAGGCCCAGAGGUUGUUUGCUGGCUGACCUUGUACAAGCACUUAACUCUGAACUUGCUCAUCCUCAUCAGUGACGUGGGGAUGACAGCUGGCUGAGGGCUACAGCAAAGAUGGGAGGGACUGAUGGAAGGGGUUAGCCGGGCAGGGUCCCUGGGGCAGUACCAUUCCCUCCAUCUCUGGGUGCAGCCCCUAGGGGACCACGCCAGUGGGGAGGAGGGGAGGACGGGUGGAGGAAAGAGGGCUCAGGCAAGGUGUUACCAUGUGUCAGUACAGCCUUGGAACCCUCAAGGGUGUUGGGAAGCUUUGGAGAACCAGUCUCUUCUACUCUUGGGUCCUCCGUCCUCUUCUCUUGGUGUUGUCAGGGAAGCCUCUUGGCCCCUUCCAUGGGGUGGGGCAGGGCAUCUCUGGAGAGAAUGGGGUACCCAGCUGCGCUCCAGGCCAGGACUGAAGGCCCCAGAUCUGAAGAGGGAGGGAGAGAUACUGGAUUGGCACCCAAGCAAGGUGGGCUUGGGAGAGGGCAGUGAGGAAACAGUUGGGAUCAUCUCCAUCAGAGAUGAGAAGGCCACAGGCCAUCUGAGAACCACUUCUUGUUUGAAAAAGAGGGUAUGAGAGACUGCUUUUGACGGCUGGAACUGCGGCAGGAGGAAGGCAGUCUCCUGGCAGCGAGGUGUCUAAUACUGGAACAGCUGGUACCAAGUUAUUGCAGAUUUAAAAGCAAAUAAGACACGGGCAGCCCCCAGCUGGCAUUUCUGUGGAGGAAGGCUAUCUGUGCAGAAAGGGCAAGGCCAUUUCCCUCUAAGGAAACAGGGAGGGUGUGGGGCUUUGACUCCUGUUCUGCUUCUCCCAAUCCCAGUGUUAGCUGCUGUGCACAGUGGCCUGCUCUGGGCCAGUUGCUUCGGAUACACUGUCUUUACCCCUCACUGUCCUGCAGGGAAGGGGCCCCUGUUGACAGAAGAAAAGUGAGGCACAGAGAGACCAAGAGAUAGCUGGUGAGUAGUGCUGGACUUGAAACCCAACACUGAUCCCAGGGUCCACGCUCUCUGUGGCCUUUGAGGCAGGGAGGAGGAGAGCUCCUUGGGAGGGAAGUGAGGGGCAUUCAGCGUCUUCUCUGAAUUCUCUCCCCACUCAGUUCCAGCCGUCACCCUCUGCUUGUAGGCAGAGUUGGGCUGGCGUCACAGCAUCCCUCACAAGCCAACUGGUGCUGGCCAGUCGCCCACCCAGACUAGACAGAGAAUAACAGCCACCCUUCAGUAUUCAUCCCAACAGGUCUCAGAGGUCAGUGUGACAGUCACAUGGUUCCUAAGGGACUGUCGGUCUAGGAAUCAUUAGAACACCUCACUCACCCACCCGCAGUGCCCCCAUCUCUCCCACACUGGCCUCGGCUGCCCCCGUCUGUGCUCCUGGAAUAUUUGCACUGACCUAGCCCACUCCAGGCCAGACUCAUUAGGAACUCAAGAUUCUCAUAAAGAAAGUUGUUUCCAAAGGUGUCUUAUCUCUCUGUUACAUCUGGGGGGCAGAGGUGGGGACGGGGGCUGGGGGGUGGGGACGUCCUCUCGGGCCAGGGUUGAAUAAGGGAAGGGAGAAUAUUGGGGAAACUGGACUCGUGAGAGGUUAAACACAUCGCACGAAUCUAAAGAAAAGAUCAGUGGUAACAUCAGUGAUUGUGAUUUGUAGCCUGACAAGUCCAUUCAUCAGAUGGAAAAGAUAGGGCCCAAUGGCUGCGCCUAGAGUAGACAGAGCCCAGAAAUAGCUCCUGGGGAGGCCCUUUGUAAAGAAGGGGCCCUGGAGGACAGGGCAGACAUGAGGCCCGGUCUCCUGGAGGGAUGGCUGGGGACUCCUCGCACAGCCCCUGCACUCUGCGAAGUCAGGGCUGUCUGUGUGGAAGGCACUCCUGCUCCUGGAACAUGGGUUUGACCCGGGCCCACAUCCUGGAAGCAAUAUUAAAUGGUGGGCCCCCGAGAUGAAAUGUAGGGUGAACAGCAACUGAAGUGCUGAGCUGAAGAAAACCCCUCUUGUGCUCCCGUGGGGUAGCCUUGCUUCCCAGCCCACCCAGAGCUGGGUGGCGGGGGGACAGUCUUACGUCAUGCACUCACUGUAGGUAUGGAAGAAACGGUCCAUUUUCUACAAAGCCUGGAUACUACAUUUCCCUCCAGGUGGGACCAGAUGCCUGGGAACAGAGAGGACAGAGAUGCUCGAGGCUCCAGGUACCUCACGGUAGGCGGAGACACUGUCCUUCACUGUCUGUCAAAACUGUCCAGCUCACCAGGUACUGUAUUUCAACAGACUGUGACCGACACCCAUGCAGAGUUCUGGUCCUUAUUUAAUGUGCCCCCCAAACAUGUCGCUGGCCCUCCUGGCCUCAGUUGUUCCAUCUGUAUUGUGGAUGAAGAGGGAGGUUUCACUGCGACUUAGGAAGCCUCACUGUCAAAUAGUUCGUGUCCUCUGGUAUGGUAUUUUUACAAGGUCAAGGAAGAGUCUUGUAGAAAUCCUGGACUAAAUAAUCUGCAAUCUGGAAAGUGGUGCAUAUUCUCUUUGAAAUCAAGACCGAGAAAUAUUCUGGAUGCCAUCUAUGAAGUAAAAAGCAAAUGGCCUGUCUCCUAAGACUGCAGCCAAGCCAGUUCUGGUCCAGGCUGCAACUUGCACCUCCCCGCAGGCACAACAGCUGGGAGCGGAAGGCUCUAGAAACCCCUCAAGGGGAGCCGGAGUUGCGGAUGUGAUUUGUGGUGUGGCCUCAAGGGACGCUUUCCUACUCUGGGCCUUGAAAUCUUGCACAGCAAGUCUCUGGGGACAAGAUAUUUGAUGGUGGGAUCUGAUGGGGAAGGGGGCCUGUGGACCUGGGGAAGUAAUUAAAGGUUGUCUGAUAUACUCCAACACACCGGACACAAGCUCACCUCCUAGGUAGCCCCUUUGAAAUGGCUCCUCUCUGUUGGCUGAGGGAGACCCUCUCCUCAGGUUCUGUGUCAGAUGCAGCUGGUGCUCUUGCCAGAAAUCCCAGGACCACGGCUCCCUCUGUCCCCACUUUCUCACCCCCCAAGAAACCAAGACUUGAGGUUUUCUAACAAUUCAGAUUCUUCUUUUUUUUUAUUUACGAGGAAUGUAUAUUGUUAGUCACUUUUACCAAGGGACACAUAAAAGUGGAAUCAUAAAACUGACUGCACCCAUCGUGGCACCCAAGUCUACGCUUGGGCUCUUCCCCACUCUGCUCUUGGAGUUACUACCAAGACCCCCAAAACCAGCAAAAUCCCUUCAACAUGAGUAAAGGAAAUAGCUUGAAGCAGUGACAGUUUUUACAAGUGAUUAUUCAAAAAAUGCACAAUAGCCACAGUUCAGACAAAUCAACUACAAAGAUCAUUAAAAAAAAGAGAAAAAGGUCUUGCUUACUAAAAACAAAGAUUGGACGAAAAAGUGAAGAGAACACUCUAGGUGGGAGUUCUGCCCUGUCCCAUGUGACUCAGAGGGGCAGGGGUGGGCACGGCCGCGCAGGGCCUGACACAGGCUUGUUUCCAGCAGAUGCAUGGGUACAGGGAAGCCUUGCUCUCUCCUUACAACAGAAGCUGAAUACUGUAAGUUCGCUAGACAAGAUCUUGGGGCAAGCAGGGGCUCUGACCUUUUGAGAGUGCCCGUGCUCCCGGUUAAAGAAGAGGCAGCCGAGUCUGAGCUCUGCAGGAGAUUCCAAUGCCCAAGACAGUCCACAGGGGCCGAACAUGCCGAGGAAUCAGUAGGUGAUACGCUCUAGCCUGAAGAACUAGGGAGAUGAGCUGCCUCCUGGGGCAGGACUGAUUUUGUGUGCCAUCAGGAGAUUCACAGGACUGGGGGGCAGGCCCCUUCCCCCCGAGAAGACAGGCACGGUUUCCCUCCUAGUUCCUUGGGACACUUUGGUGUUCCGCAAAGAUAUCCUUAGUGUAUUUAAAGACUUACGUUUUCUCACUUUGGUCAAAAGUACAGAGAGAACGGUAGCCACAAGAAUAAAUGUGUGGAUGCGGAUGUAUCCACCGCUGAAGAGGUGGGACAGACGGGGGGUUAACUAGUCAGGAGCUUGCGGGGUGUGGGGGAGGAUGGAAAAUCGUCUGAGGGCACUGGCUCGGCAUGUUCACAGAUACGAUAGAGGAAUCAUCCAGAGGAAAGAGGCAGGCUCAGGCCUGGAGGGGGCAGGGCCUCUGUACUUUUCUUGAGCAUGUCUGGCUGGCUUAGGCCCAGAGCCAGACCCCACAGAGAGUCGAAGGCUCUGACAAGAGUCCACAGUACCUUGAGGUGGAGACCAAGGGUCCCAUCUCACAGAGUUUUAGAACGACCUGCCCUUUCACCUAGAACUACUGUUGAAUGUCAACCCUAAAAAGAUUCCCUAGCAGGCAGGGAGACCUCAGGUCUGUGACCCGCCCACAAACAACCUUCUGAAGCUAUCAGGCGAAACAAAAGCACUUGGUUAAUCAAUGGCAAAUGACAUCUGACUUUUAAAUCUGUGCAAUUACAGGUUAUCUGUAGCUGUUAGGAAUCAACAUUUACAGCAUUCUUUUUAAAACUCCCAAUUUACCCAUGACUUAAUCACCUUCCCUUGGUGUCACUGUCAUAAGAAACAUGCUGGGUGGAACAGUGAUCUGACCCAACAUGAUUUUUUGCCCUUAUUCCUGCUAGGUCCUGAUUAUCUGAGCAGAGAUGAUUUACCCUCUAGGAUUUAUCCUGGGUUUUUUCCUACCAGUUGGUUGGGGUCUGUGGCGCUACUUCCCCCAUUGGUAGGACAAAUUCCUAGCAAUGCUUUAGGAGGGACAGCUGGGAGCUUGGCAACAUUCCAAGACAUGUCUGCUUCCCCAGGAAGUGGUCUGUGUCACCCCUGCAGGGCAGACUUCCCCUAUUGCUCGGGCAGUUCCUUUAGCCCCGUCUGGCUGGUCCCAGCCUUCCCUGCCACCUGCGGAAGGGAUGCACGUCCCAGGCAGCAGCCUGCCCUGCCUCUGGGCCCCUCCCAAGCCGGCUAAAGUGCACGAUCCGAAGGUGACUGAGCAUUAUCUGCAGAUUCUGAUCACGCUUGGCACUGGUAACAAGCUGACUGCGGUUUUAAACUCCUGCCCUUAUCAAUGUUUCACCAAAUUCUUUAAGUUCACCUCUUUACCCUCUUGGAGGAAAAGGUAGAACUUAAUGAUCAUGAAGAAGGAAUCUCAGAAGGGGAGGAGGGGAAGCAGAGGGGCCUCAGAAGCCACAAAUGAAAAAUCAUCAGUCCCUGGCAUGAUUCACACUGUUGACUGGAACCUAAUCGAGACCACAAGAGGUCAGUGUAGCAAACACAAAGGGGACGGAAACAGGAAAAAAUGAAGAAGGAAGAGGAAGUGGGCGCAAAGAAGGAACAACCCCUUCCCUCUGCCCUUAGGUUUCUACCCCUCUGCUUGGGAAAAGAGAAGGGGGAUGGCUAGACCUGGCCUAGUAAUCCCAAAGAAAGCAGGAAAAACAGGAACCCAAAGUUCUCAGUGUUAUCAAUUGUGGUUCCAUUUAAAAACAAAAACAAAACAAAACAAAAAGGAAACCAAAAACCAAAAA